CCUGAGGAUACAAUAACCAGAAGGUGGAGGAUUAUUAGUAGGUACCAAGCCCCCCCCCCUUUGUCUUCACUCUUCUCUUACUUCAUUCUUCUUAUUCUUCAUCCUUUGAUUCGUUAUUCUACUUCGAACCUGGAAUCGAAAGCAAUCACAAUCACAAGCACAAUCUCUUCUCUUUAGCACAUCUAGAACGUUUCUGUGCUCGGUACCUAAGGUGCCUUUACACUCCUUUCAUUCUCGUACUCCUUUUUCAAACCCUCCUCCUCUUCACCUUGCACUUCAUCUACCUAAGGUACUCAAUAGCCUUCAUUUUUACGGCCUUCAACCCUUCGGUUCCUCUCUUCGUUCAAGGCAUUUGACAAUUCUUCCCCUGAACGCUCAACCUUAUCACCACCUUCAUCAUGGCAAAAGCUCUUCGCUUCACUCUUUUGUGGGCAGGGGCCCUUACCCUUCUUCACUUCACCCUGUUUGUGUGUGGCUCAGCCUUGCCCUCGUCUGCUGAUGCCCCCCUCAAGGCAGCCUUGGUGACUCUCGUCCAGGAAGAUGAUCUCACUGCUACGCUCUUCAGUAUCCAACAGAUCGAAGACAAGUUCAACAACCGCCACUUGUACGACUGGGUCUUCUUCAGCGUCCAGGGCCUUCCAGAUAGGUUCAAGGAGCUCACUUCCAACGCUACCAAUGCGACUUGUAUCUUUGAGGUUAUUCCCGAGGAGAACUGGAACAUGCCCGGUUGGACUGAUCACUCCCAACUUUCGGACUCUCACGAAAUCAACUCUGACUGCAACCCAAAGUCCUUUAAACCCAUCGCCGACAUCCGCCAGAUGAAGCGAUGGAGCUCGGCUCCUUUUGCUAACGAGCGACGUCUCCGCAACUAUGAAUGGUUCUGGAGAGUAGAGCCAGGUGCUUCUCUUAGCCAAGACAUUCCUUUCGAUGUCUUCCGUUACAUGCGAGACAACGGUAUUGCUUAUGGCUUCAACCGAGCUGUCCUUGGCCAAGCCAAUUUGUAUCAUCUUUCUCGCGUCAAGUCUUUCAUUGACAAGCACCCAGAGCUCCUCCACAAAGAGGCUGAUAUCACAUGGCUUAUUGAAAACGGCACAGGUCUCGCUAUUCAGUCAGGCUCAUCCGAUGACAGCUCUGAAGGAUUGGUGGACGAGGGCAGUGACAAGCUGGGGUCGCGGGAUGAGACGGCUCACGACAGCAAUACCAAGAAUGAAGGGAAGGGAGCAUCUUGGAUUGGUGGGUCCUUUGCGACUUGGCUAAGUGAAGUUUACGGCAACAGUCUUUAUCCAACGUUUGAUAUUGGAUCCCUGGCCUUCUUCCGCAGCCCUCAUCACGUUGCCUUUUUCGACCACCUCGACAGUGCGGGCGACUUCCAGUAUCGCCGAGUCGACGAUGUCCCAGUGCACAGCUUGAGCGCCAGUAUGUUCCUGCCUCGGGAGAGUGUCUGGAACUUUCGCGCCCAGAAUAUACAACUUCGCACGCAACUUGGUCUUCAGCCAACCGGAGUUGGGGCUAUUCCAAACGGUGAUCAACGCAUCGUGGACUAUGAUAACACUGACUCAGGCAACAGUGUCAAGCACAAGAAUGAUCCUGAAGAGGAAAAGAAGUCGGUUCACGAAAAUUGGGAGUCAAUGACGCCGGACGUGAGCGAACAGUCCGGGAAUCCGCACUUGAUAUCAGGCAAUACGUGGAUGGGGAAGGACGUGGCGGAUGAAGCCAAUGGAUGCUCUUUUUUUUGGUUCUGGGAGAAAGUACUAGCCGAAUUUUCAGGAUUUGCAGGAUAUGGGUGGGAAACAGAUUUUAGUUGUUUGCAAGAUGAUUGA